UCUAUAUGCUGCACAUUUCCAGAAUGCUGACGGAUCAAAGUAAUGAAGAAAGUUGUUUUGUUUUGUUUUGUUUAUCAGUGUAGCUAAUAAAUAUUUUGAAAGUCAAAAUUCUGGAAUGUUUAUUUGAAUUGUUUUGUGAAUGAUUUAAAAUGAAUUCAUCGAGACAGCUUGGUGAAGAUGCUCUUGAAGCUCAAAAUCGAUACCGUGCUGAUGAGUUGGCUAAGAAAAUCUCAAAACUGAAAUCGGUUGCAUAUGAUAUUGAAGUUGAAGCCAAAGAUCAUAACAGAUUAUUGGAUGAUGUGGAUAAUGAAUUUGACAGCAGCACAGGAUUUUUAUCUGGAAGUCUCAACAAAGUUAACAAGAUGAUGUUUACUGGUCGUAGUGAUAGGAGACUGAUGUGCUAUGUGGUGCUGAUAACUGUUGGCCUUUUUAUUGUUUUUUAUUAUUUGGCCAAUAAAGUAACGCGAUAACACAAAAACAUAUUUCAAAAUUCCAUGUAUUUAUGAAUGUUGAGCUCUUUGAAAUAUGUAUAUAUAUUGUUACUGUGAACAAAUAUGUAUAUUAAGCAUUAAAAUAUAUUAGCAUGUAAAUAAACAGUAUCCUGAAAGAAUAA